GUGGCGUGAGAAUGUCGCCAAUGCGCACUCGGGGUUUUAUAAAGUUUUACUAACCGGUUUUCUUUCCAGAUGUGGAUUUUAUGAGAGGGGUCAUUCGUGUACGGGUGAGGUCCUUUGUCCUGUGACUGGUGACAGGCUGAAACAUGAUGGAUCUCUGUGUGUGGUUUAUUGUCUUGUCCUCAGUGGCACGCCACGCUAGCAGUCACGGGCUGUCGUACGCGCACAGAGCAGAGCUCUCCGAGGACUCCAUACUUGUAGCGAACAACAGGAUACGCGUGCCCUUCGGCAGAUCGGUGUUCAUUGAUCCCAUCAAUGAUUUGGUGAUCGAAGUGCAGCCAGGAGACAGGUGCAGCUUAGUAGUGCUGGAUAAUGAUCCGCUGUCCCAAAGACCGGGGCAUCUUUCUCCCAAAAAGUUCCCGUGUGAAUUCGGACCUAAUGAUGUGAAGUACUCGCAUUUGGGUUCCAGGAGCCCCGCCGAGGAUAGAGUGAGACUGCAGCUCAGGUACGAUACUCAAACUGAAACUGUCAUCAUACCUUUCAUGCUGGAGAUAGAGGUCCUUUUCACACAGCUGGAGAUAGUUACUAAAAAUAUGCCUCUCACUGUAGAUAAACUCCAUGGCAUUAGCAAUUCAAUUGACAGAAGAAUACUGGAAUUUACCUAUGAUAGAAACUCUGAGCAAUGUGAGGUCACAUCAUUGGCUGCUAGCAGUGCCCUGCCUAGGUAUGGUGAAGUCACUGAUAAGAGUAAAUUAGAGAAAAUGAUGGAUUGUGAUGCUUUUCUCAGAGCUGAUAUUCGCUACAAGCAUACUUCUAUUCACAAGUCUCCAAACAAAGACUAUAUCCCAAUGGUCGUGGAGCUGAGAAACAAAGAAAAUAAUUUACUGAAGCAAGAGUUCUUUCAUAUCAUGAUACGCAUAAGAGAAGGGCUGCAAAACAGUCCCCCCAAACCCAGCUUUGUGGCCAUGAUGAUGAUGGAAAUUGAUCAGUUUGUCAUGACUGCUUUAACUUCUGACAUGUUAGCUGCAGAGGACACUGAAUCUGAUCCUGAUGAUCUUAUUUUCAACAUCACCACCCCUUUCUCUUUUGAAGAAGGUUACAUUGUGAGUACUGAUGAUAGAAAUUUACCAAUAACAUCUUUUUAUCAGCGAGAUAUAAAGGAUCUGAAGAUAGCAUACAAGCCCCCAUCUAUGGACUCGGACACAGAGAGAAUAUUUCAAAUUGAGUUUGAAGUUUUGGACACAGAUGGUGGAGUUUCAGAACCUUUUGCUUUUAUGAUUGUUAUAAAGCCCAUGAACACACUUGCACCAGUGGUGACUAAAAACACAGGGCAGCUACUAUAUGAGGGUCAGUCCAGGCCUCUGUUCACUCAAAACAAUUUAGAAAUCAGCGACGAAGACAACCUGGAUAGUGUAAGGAUAACUGUUGUAAAUGGUCUCCGUCAUGGCGAUCUCACUAUUCUUGGCUCCAGCACGAAGUAUUUCACACCAGCUGAUCUGCAGGUUGGUAUUGUUGUCUACCAGCAUGAUGGCAGUGACACAUACAGUGACAACAUCAUUUUCAGAAUGACAGAUGGCAAGAAUGAAGUGGAGUUUUUGUUCCCUAUUACGAUUGUUCCAACUGAUGAUGAACCCCCCAUUAUAAAUGCCAACACGGGAUUGGUGGUAUUUAAAAACCAAAUGAUUCCCAUUUCACCCCUAAUGCUUAGUGCAGCAGAUAUUGACUCUGAAGAUUCCACCAUUGAGUUCACCAUUGAACCUCCACUCUCAACUAUUGGUGAAGUGUUGCUAAGGCAGUCUGAGGCUCCUGAAGAUCCAUCCUCAUGGAAAUUCAAUACGGAAGAUGGGUUAUAUGAGAAAGCUGUGACAGAGUGGCUACAGAAAGACAUUACAGAUGGGAAACUUUUCUACAGACACACAGGGCCCCACAUCACUGAGACAGUCACAGAUCAGUUUAUCUUUAAAGCUCAGGAUGAUGCUGAUCCUCCAAACCAAUCAGAUGAGAACACAUUCUUCAUUAGGAUUCUCCCUAUUGACGAUGUUCCGCCUGUACUUUUUCCUGGCACGUCUUUACAGAUAACAGUCCAUGAGUAUCAAAUGACUAAUUUUAACAAGAAUGUCCUUCGUUACACUGAUUUGGAUUCUGAUGACAGAGAUCUGAAAUACACAAUAACCCAGCCACCAACUGACACAGAUGAAAGUCAUCCAGUCAGAUUUGGUUCAGUAGUUUUAACAGAGCACCCAGACACUGAGGUAAGAGAGUUCACUCAAGCACAAGUGAACCAUCAUAAGAUUUCCUACAGCCCACCAGACAUAGAGCUGGGCAUAACAGCCCAUGUUGCACAGUUCCAUUUCACAGUUGAAGACACUGCUGGAAACAGUGUAAAAGGAAUCUUCACCAUAUUGGUGCAGCCUGUUAAUAACAAACCCCCAGAGAUAACCAACACCGGUUUCACAGUCUUUGAGCGAGGUAUGCAUAUACUUACAAAUGCUGAGCUUGAUACUACUGACCUCGAUACAGACAGUAAACAGAUUUCCUUUACUUUAAGUCAGAGUCCACAACAUGGUCAGGUCCAGCUUAGUUUUGCUAAUUUGAUUAAAGGGAAUGCUUUUAGCCUAGCAGAUAUCUCAGAGGGCAGAAUUUCUUAUGUCCACAAUGGGGAUGAGACGACCAGUGAUGCUUUUAAACUGGAUGUCAGUGAUGGUGUCCAUACUGUACCAAUUACAGUAAGAAUAGUAGUGAAACCAAUUGAUGAUGAAAUGCCAACUCUGACUCUCCAAGCAGGUACUCUUGGCUCUCACCUGUCUGUGUUGGAAAAUGGUGCUACUGAAAUCACAGUCAGCGUAAUCCAGGGGAAAGACGAAGACACAGAUGACCUCAGGUUGACCUAUAUUGUUGAGGAUGCCCCUGCAUAUGGGGAGAUCCUGGUGAAUGGAAUAUCUUCCAACAUGUUCACCCAAGCUGAUAUAAUCAAUGGUUUGGUAAAGUAUACCCAUACAAGUGGUGAGGUUGGGCUUUCCUCAAAACAGGACCAUUUUAACUUAACCCUCACUGACAUGUCUGAUGAGUGGGCUUUAGGAGGAAAUAAAAUCACUGGAGUAUCUGUUCAUGUUACCAUUCUUCCAGUGGAUAACCAGGCCCCAGUGGUAACAGUGGUUCCUCCAUUUAAUGUCACUGAGGGAGACAAAAACAUAAUUGGAGGCCACCAAAUAAUUGUUGAGGAUGCAGACACACUCAUUGAAGAUAUCUUAUGUACCAUCAUUGUCCAGCCAAAUUCAGGUUAUAUGGAGAACAUCUCUCCAGCACCAGGUUCUGAGAAGUCAAGGUCUGGCACAGCUAUUAGUGCUUUCAGUAUUAGAGAUGUCAAUGAUGGCCAUAUCCGCUAUGUCCAAAGCAUACAUAAAGGCAUUGAACCAGUAGAGGAUAGAUUCACAUUCAGGUGCUCUGAUGGUGUUAACUUCUCUGAGAGACAAUUUUUCCCAAUUGUAAUUAUCCCAACCAAUGAUGAGAAGCCAGAAAUAUUUAUGAGAGAGUUUGUGGUUAUGGAGGGCAUGAACAUCAUCAUUGACACCCCCAUUCUGAAUGGAGUUGAUGCUGAUAUUCCUGUUGAAGAUUUGACUUUUAUCAUUUCGGAACCACCCAAACAUGGUUUUAUUCUUGACCAGCUGAUCACCGGUUCUUUCCCAGUUACUAACUUUACUUUGGAGCAAAUCAAGGAAGCUUCUAGCAUUAUUUAUGAGCAUGAUGAUUCUGAGACCACAGAGGACAAAUUUAAUGUUAUUCUCACCGAUGGAAAACAUAAUGUAGAAGGUACUGUUAUGAUUAUGAUUAUUGCUGUUGAUGAUGAGACUCCAAGAUUGGCCAUUAAUGAUGGUUUGGAAAUUGAAAUUGGGGAGACAAAAGAAAUAAAUAAUAAGAUUCUGAAGGCAACUGAUUUAGACUCUGAAGAUAGCACACUUACAUUUAUAAUUCGGUAUGGUCCAGGUCAGGGAAUUCUGCAGAGGAAAACAAAGCAUGGAUCGUUUGAGAACAUCACAGUUGGGAUGGACUUCACACAGAUGGAACUAGACCAUGGUCAUGUUUUCUAUACUCACAAUGGACAGGAAGGUGUUCGGGACCUUAUAAAGUUUGAUGUAACAGAUGGUAGUAAUCCACUAAUCGACAGAUAUUUCUACAUCACUGUGAGCAACAUUGACAGGGUGUUUCCUGAGGUUGUUAGCAAAGGAGUAUCUCUGAAAGAAGGAGGAAGUGUGAUGCUUACCACUGACCUACUGAGUACAAGUGAUCUCAACAGCCCAGAUGAAAAUCUGGUCUUCACUGUCACCAGAGCCCCUGUGAGGGGACACCUGGAAAGCACUGACACUCCUGGAAUGCCCAUUGUGUCCUUCACUCAACUUCAGCUGGCUGGAAGUAAAAUCUACUACAUCCACACUUCAGAUGAUGAAAUCAAGAUGGACAGUUUUGAGUUUGAGGUCACUGAUGGAUAUAACCCUGUUUUUCGCACCUUCCGUGUAUCAAUAGUUGACGUUGACAACAAAAAACCUGUCCUCACAGUACAUGAGCUCCUGGUGUCAGAAGGUCAGUCUAAACUCAUCACACCAUUUGAGUUGACUGCAGAGGAUCAGGAUACAGCAGAGGAAUUCCUGAAGUUCACGGUCACUCAGUUGCCUAUCCAUGGCAAACUGCUCUUCAACAACAGCCGUCCAAUUACCUCCUUCACAAAGCAAGACCUGAAUGAAAACCUAAUCAGUUACAAACAUGAUGGCACAGAGUCAUAUCAGGACAGCUUCUCUUUUACUGUCACUGAUGGAACACACACUGAUUUCUAUGUAUUUCCUGACACAGUGUUUGAAACUCGCAGACCUCAAGUCAUGAAAAUCACUAUUUCAUCGAUAGACAAUGGUGUACCACAAAUUGUGGUGAACAAAGGUGUUCAAACGUUAAAGGUCUUGCCAACGAACCACCUAGGUUAUCCUAUCACCAGCAAAGUGCUAAAGGCAGAAGACAGAGACAGCAGCCCAGAUACCCUGGUUUUUCACAUCACCACACAACCAGAGCAUGGCUACCUGAUCAACGUUCAGAAGGGGAAUGAUUCCAUCAGUAGAUUUACUCAAGUGGACAUUGAUGACCUGAAGAUCUGCUAUGUGCUGAAACAUAAUAACAAUGCCACCAGUGACAGCUUUAUUUUCUACCUUGAAGAUAAUGGAGGGAAUAAGCUGAAGGAGCAGCACUUCCGUCUGGACUGGUCCUGGAUUUCUCUACAGAAACAGAGCUACGUGGUGGACGAGCAGGCCGGGGUGCUGGAGGUUGUACUCAGACGCAGAGGAUACCUGGGGGAAACUUCUUUUGUAGGAAUUGGCACUUUGGAUGGCAGUGCUGAGAAGGAGAAGGACUUUCGGGGGAAAUUCCAGAAACAGGUGCAGUUUAACCCAGGCCAGAGCACAGCUACGUGGAGGAUCAAGAUCAUUUCUGAUGGGAAGUAUGAGCAGUCUGAGACCUUCAACAUCAUUCUGUCUGAGCCAGUCAUGGGGGCAUUGGAGUCACCAGCGGUGGCCACAGUGGAGAUUGUGGAUCCAGAAGAUGAGUCUACGGUCUUCAUUCCCCAGGCAAGACUUGUUGUCGAGGAGGACAUUGGAGAGCUGCUGGUCCCUUUACACAGAAGAGGAGACGUCAGUGAGGAGCUGAUGGUGCUCUGCUACACGCUGCAAGGCUCGGCUACAGGCACAGUCCCCAGCACUGUUCUGUCUUUCUCGGACUACAUCUCCCGACCGGAGGGACAGACCAGCAUGCUGCGUUUUGAAAAAGGAGAGACGGAGAAGCUUUGCCGUGUGGUGAUCAUAGAUGACUCACUGUACGAGCCUGAGGAAAGCUUUAACGUCUCCCUCAGCGUGGUGUUAGGUGGCCGCCUCGGUUCUGAAUACCCCAGCACAUGCAUCAGCAUCCUGCCAGACCUGGACGAUGCUCCUGUGUUCUACUUCAGUGAUGCAGAGUACCACGUGGACGAGAGCCAAGGUCACAUUGAUGUGCGAGUGUGGAGGACAGGAACAGACCUCUCCAAAGCGGCCACAGUCACUGUCAGAUCCCGUAAAACGGACCCAGUGUCAGCUGAAGCUGGACUGGACUACGUGGGCAUCAGUAAGCAUUUGGACUUUGCCCCAGGGGUGAACGUGCAAACCAUCCGGGUCACAAUUCUGGAUGAUCUCGGCCAGCCGCUGCUUGAGGGCAUUGAGAAAUUCGAGCUUGUCCUGCGCAUGCCCUCGAAUGCGAUUCUGGGAGAGCCAGCAAAAGCCACCGUCUUCAUUAACGAUUCCAUCUCAGACCUGCCAAAGAUGCAGUUUAAACAUCCUCUUCUGACUGGAGAAGAGAGCGAUAGACGUCUCACUGCUGUGGUCCAGCGCAGUGGAGAUAUCACACACCGAUCCACUGUGCGUUGUUACACACGCCAGGGAUCUGCUCAGGUGGCCACUGACUUCGAAGAGAGACCCAACACUGAUGCAUCAGUCAUCACCUUCUUACCAGGUGAUACGGAGAAGCCGUGUGUGUUAACUUUGGUGGACGACUCAGUGUAUGAGGAGGAGGAGGAGGAGAUGAGGCUUGUGCUCGGGAGUGCUACAAGUGACUCCCCAUAUGGAGCUUCCACAGGCACAAAGAACGAAACACUCAUCAAGAUUAAAGACAGUGCUGACAAGCCAAUUAUCAAGUUGGCUGAGACAAAGUUGAGUGUGAAUGAGCCGAAAGAGUCAGGGAAGAUAAGCAUUGUGCGGAUCCCUGUGCGUCGAGUGGGAGAUUCCUCCAAAGUGUCCGUGGUGAGAGUACACACUAAAGAUGGUUCAGCUGUGUCGGGAGAAGACUAUCACCCCAUCUCUCAGGAUGUUGAAUUUAAGGAAGGUGAAACAGAACAUUUUGUGGAGGUGGAGGUCCUGUUUGAUGGGGCCAGAGAAAUGAGAGAAUCCUUCACUGUCCACCUCAAACCUGAUGAGAACAUGGUGGCCGAGAUCCAGAUGUCCAAGGCCAUAGUGUACAUUGAGGAGGCCAACAGCAUGGCUGAUGUCACGUUCCCCUCGCUGCCACAUGUCGUGUCUCUGCUGCACUAUGAUGAUGUCAGAAGGACUAUACACAAUGCUCACCCACCAGCCGGCUAUCCAGUGGUCUGUGUGACGGCAUGCAACCCCAAGCACCCAGAAUAUGAGAAAACAGGCUCGAUAUGUGCAAGUGAGCACAUCAAUGACACGCUAACACACUAUCGCUGGCUUGUCAGUGCCCCCACUGGGUCGGACGGUGUCACCAGCCCUAUGAGGGAAGUAGAUAUCGACACCUUUUUCACCUCCUCCAAGAUAAUCACGCUGGACUCCAUCUACUUCCAGGCCGGCUCACGAGUUCAGUGUGCAGCCCGUGCCGUUAACUCAAACGGGGACGAAGGCCUGGAGCUCAGCAGCCCCAUCGUAUCCAUAAGCAAGGAAGAAGGGAUGUGUCACCCUCGUAAAGUGGGCACAGUAGGUGCUGAGCCUUUCUCUGCCAAGCUGCACUACACCGGCGCUGAGGACCCAGAACAUGCCAACCUCAUCAAGCUUAGUGUCACCAUGCCCCACACAGAUGGCAUGCUCCCUGUGCUCUCUACUCGUGCUCUGUCCAACUUCGAGUUGACCCUGAGUCCGGAUGGCAGCCGUGUAGGGAACCACCGCUGCUCCAAUCUGCUGGACUUUGAUGAGGUUCCCACACGCCACGGCUUCCUGACGAAGGCCACGAAGAGUGCAGAACAAAUUGGAGAGAGCGCUCCCUACCAAUAUAACUCUACCAUGAGGGGCCUGAACACGCUACGCUUCUACAGGAACCUCAAUCUGGAGGCCUGUCUGUGGGAGUUUGUGAGUUAUUAUGACAUGUCUGAGCUGCUCACAGACUGCGGCGGGAGCAUCGGGACUGACGGACAGGUGCUAAAUCUGGUGCAGUCCUAUGUGACUCUGCGUGUCCCCCUCCAUGUCUCCUACGUGUUUCACUCGCCCGUGGGCACCAGCGGCUGGCAGCACUUCGACCUACAGUCCGAGCUGCGGCUUACUUUUGUUUACGACACUGCCAUCUUGUGGAAGGACGGCAUCGGCAGCCCUCCUCAAGCUGAACUGAAAGGAGCUCUUUACCCAGCCAGUAUGAGGAUUAAUGAUAUGGGUCGUCUGGUGGUCAACUUCCGCACCGAGGCUCACUUUCGGGGACUGUUUGUGGCCUCGCAUCAUGCAUCUUCUUUGACCUCAGUGGUCAUAAGUACAGCCCACCCUGGGUUAACCUUUAACCUUUCCUUGGUCAGAACGGAACCCACCUACAAUCAGCCCGUGCAGCAGUGGACAUUCACUUCAGACUUUGCUGUGCGUGAUUACUCUGGUACCUACAGCGUGAAGCUAAUCCCCUGCACCACGGCCCUAAACAUCGAGUACACUGUUCCUGCAGUGUGCAAUCCCAGAGAGCCGGUCACAUUUGACCUGGACAUCAGAUUCCAGCAGGUGAGUGAUCCAGUUGCUGUGGAGUUCAAUCUGAAUACACAGAUGUUCCUGCUGUCAAAGAGAUCUGUGUGGCUCUCUGAUGGAUCUAUGGGCUUUGGACAGGAGAGCGAUGCAGCUUUUUCAGAGGGUGAUACAAUCUACGGGCGAGUGAUGGUGGAUCCGGUGCAGAACCUGGGAGACUCGUUUCACUGUAAUAUUGAGAAGGUUUUUUUGUGCACUGGAGCAGAUGGAUAUGUGCCCAAGUACAACCCCACCAAGUUCGAGUUUGGCUGCUUGGCAGAUUCUCCUUCCCUACUAUACAGAUUCAAAAUAAUUGAUAAAGCACAGCCAGAGACCCAGGCUCUGAGUUUUGGUGAUAUGAACUUCAACGCUGUGCUGGCAGUAGACGACCCAUCAGCCCUCUCUCUAGUGAAGCAGCCCGGCUCAGAUGGGUUCAGACUGGACUCAGCUCCCUUAUUCCAGGUGGCAGCAGGCCGUGAGUGGUACAUCCACACCAUUUACACUGUGCGCUCCAGAGACAAUGCAAACCGUGGCAUCGGCAAAAGAAGCGUGGAGUACCAUUCCUUCGUGGCGCACAACACUCGUGCUAGGCGCUCUAACCAAGACGUGCCUGCUAUCGCUGAAAUGAUCAGUGCUGAGAACAAUCGAGGCACCAACAUCAUGCACAUUGCUCUAGAGCGCCAGCAGGCAGUGCAGGCUGGUGAGGUUCUUCCUGAAGGCCUGGUACAGCAUGAAAUGACCAAACGUAGCACUGAGGAAGAGGCAGUGCUGGCAGCGGGGAUCUCAAUUGGGCUGCUGCUCUUCGGCCUCAUCGUAGCUGUGCUUUUUCUAAUGCUGCGUUCACAGAGGAGACCAGAAAAGGAGGUGAGAAAGAAAUCAGCGAAGGAGGGACCAACAGUCUCUGGCAGCAUGCAGCCGGUUAUAUUGAGGAGCGGUUUUGAAGGCAGCGAUGGCUCUGAGGUGUGACAGCCGCAGGAUUCAGUCCUGAUUAUUGUGGGCCAUCUCGGACGAGUCACAAUGCUCUGUAUUUGCAAUUUAACAAGUGCCUCAGAAAGAUUCAGUCCUGUGGAAGGUCCGUCAGGUCUGUCUGUCCAGCUGCAUUCUAAACAUCUGUCUGAGUGGUUUGGAUUAACUGUGCUCUUCGAGUACUGUUUCAGAACUGGCCACAACUGCGUGCUCAGAAGUUAUGCUAAUUAUUGUGGUUUUUAAGAUGUAUAUCUUGAUUUCAAAGGACCAAGGAUUACGUAUUAAUUUACAUUUAUAUCACAAUUGUUAAAUAUUGACAAAUUGUAUUAAACUUUGGGGAUAUGAAAUGGGGUUACUUAUUUAGAAUAACACAAAACAGACACUCUAAGGGUAAGCCCAGUAGGAAGAUAGGAACUGUUAUAGGAUUGAUAAGAAGAAAAAGAAAAUUGAAAAGGAUAAAGAGGAAAAAAGUAAAGGAAUCAAAUCAGCUCACCAAAAUUGUAUGGUCAUUUACAUUAGGUUUCCAGUUACAGUUUCCAUGAUCAAUAAUCAGUAACAGAAUACACUUUAAAAUGUGGUUACAUUAUGUUAGUAGAGAGAAACUGCUGAUUGUGCACAAAUACCAAACUGUAAGAAACACUGAAUGUCUGCUGCGAGUUGUUUACAUAGCUUUGUGUAAUGAGCCAUACACAUAUUUAUGUUUACAUGAAGUGUACCAUAUUUUAUGUCUUCUCUUUUUGACAUCAGUGUUCAUUAUCAUUACUUGUUAUGUAUUUUAUGCACAUACAACUGAACUUGGAGUAAUAGUACUGUAUGUAUUAAACGUCUGAUUAAUUGUCGAGUGUUGAUCCAGGUUUAUUUAUUUCCUGCUGUGUGUUCCCACAUACAACAGGGUCAUACGUAAUGAAAGGUUCUUAGUAUAAUAAACAAACAAUGUAAUCAUAAUGUUUCCUUUACACAAUUGUACGUUAUAAUAGAGAACAAGUAAUUAAUGAUUUGGUUAGCAUACUGCUUCAAUAAUUCAUAAAUAUGGAAAAUGUUGGUGAAUUGUGCUGUGUCCUAUUUGUAAUAUAAAUUGAGGAAGUACAGUGUGCUAUAUAUUUGAAAAGUAUAAAAGCUUUACUUGCAAGUCUGCAAGCUUCAUGUCUGCCUUCCUGUAUUAAAGUGAAAACCACCCAGUCCUGUGACU